AUGACCAGGGCGAAUAUCAUCACGCUGGAGAGGAACCUUCGUGCAGAAAUUGCAGAGAAGGAUGGGAAGAUCCUCGUCCUGUCCAGUGAGAAGAAGGAGGCCCUCCAAGUGUCGCAGAAGGCAGAACAGGACCUGGAGGCUUUUAAAGCCAAUCUCAUGAAGAUGGCCGGUGUCAUGACCAGACUGCAAGUCAACUUGAGGGAGAAGGACAAGCGCUGCCAUAAUCUGGAGAAGGCCCUGGACGAAGUUCAGGAUGAAUCCCGUCACAUCAGAAAGGAGCUGAUUGAUAAAUGUGCAGAGAUGGAGGCUCGAGAGAAACAAGCUGCAGACACAGCUGUGGAGCUGCUGUCUCUGCAGAAAGUGGCUGACCAAUCAGCAGCAGACCUGAAGGCGCUGCAGAAAGUGGCUGACCAAUCAGCAGCAGACCUGAAGGGUCGGCAGAAACAGGCUGAGCAAUCAGCAGUAGACCUGGAGGCUCUGCAGAAAAAGUCUGAGCAAUCAGCAGCAGACCUGGAGGAGGCUCUGCAGAAGCUGGCUGAAACAAGGUGCCAGUCACAGGAGACCCAAACCGAGAAAUGUUUGGGCAAAAAGAAAAAGAAGGGUGGCUGCUUUGGCCGCAUGAUGUUCUGGAGAAAAUCCCAGCAUGCAUAGGGGGAUGUUAACACCUUCAUCCACCACCCUCGCCUCCUCCCUCCCUACAACCUUCCUC